UUUAAUUAAUCUAUCAUUUCAAUUGUUUAACUUUUAUUGUUUAAGUUUUAUUCGAAAACAUUGCUUUAUCAAACCAAUAAUGUAUUUUUACAUUUUUAUCGUGAUAUAUUUAACUGGAAGUCUUUCAAACGCAUUUCUUUUCACUUUUCCACCUUUGGACCCGACAUUCUACGAAAACACCGAGACAUUCUACGAAAACACCGAGACGAUAAAAUUAAAUAUUAUAUGCAUUAAUAAUUUGAAGAUUAUUUACGAUGAAAAUAAGAAUUGUGAGGAAGGUAUGGACAUAAAUAGAUUUAAAGAAUUAUUUAGAGUUUUUGAAUUGGUACACCGUUUUAGUAUUGAAGUCAUUGAAAAAUUAUUCACUGAAGGACUUGAAAAUAAUGACAAAGAAAUAAAAAUUGAUAAAUUUGUAAUACAAAUGGAAAAAGUUGUAAAAAUAAUUGAAAAAAGAUUAUGCAAACAUUACUUGACAUUUUUGAACCAAGAAAGAAAGAUGACUACAAAAGAAUUAUUAAAUGCUAUAAUAUUUACUGACAUGGAAGUCACGGAAGAAAGAGUUACUGAAUUAAUAACUGAUGAAUAUGCAAACGCACAAGAUAUAAGCUUUAAAGCAUUUAGAAACAUAUUAGCGAAAUUAUAUCACGAAGUAAUCGAUGAUUAUAAAAAUAUGCAAAUUGAAAACCAAGAGCAGCAAGAACGUGAUAUAAUUGAUCUUAAUAUAAAUGAUCUCAAUAUAGAUGACAGUGGUUAAAUCACUAUCAUAAAAAACUUCAAAUCCAUAGAUAGUGUUUAAUUUUAGAAAAUUGGUAGAUUAUUACAAAAAUAAUAACCACUAUUAUUCUCUUAAUUUUAUCCCGAUUAGUUAUUUGAUUUAUAAUUAUUAUAUAUGAAUAAAUAAUAAUUUUAGUAAUUUAA